AUGGAGUCUGGUCUCUCGGUUCGGCCGAGGAAGGAAGGUACUUGGACGAAGCUUAUCAUAUUCGUUGCCCUAUACUUCCUUCUCUUCGAGUCUAUUCUGGAAGCUGUGCUUGCUCUUUACCUCUACGGUAAUGGACAGGUUGACUCUAAGAUGACUUUGAGCGUUGUGCUAUCACUGGUCGCAUCGUUCUUAUCGUUUCCUCUGGUCGGUCUGCAGAGCCUGGUCGCCUGGCAGUAUAACAAUAUCGGCGGAUUUGGUACGCAAAAGACUGUCUUGCAUAACAUAUGCACUUAUGUUCUUCGACUUGACCUCAUGCUAUGGCUGGCUACCAGCGUCGCUGGUUUAGUGGUUGUCGCGCAGCAGGUUUACUGUCUUCCCGAAGGGACAGAUGCCAAUUAUUGGAGAGUCGGUAUGAGCUGUGCUUUCCACCGAGCGACAGUAAUUGUAUCUGUGGUCUCAAUGGUUACCGUCUGCACGAUGUACUGUGCAAGAGAGCUUUGCGAUCGCCCAUAUGAUGUCUCUCUUCUCGGCAUCUACAGACGCCCGGAAGUUCUUCGAGACGGAAGCAUUCUAUCAGGAAACAGCUGGGAUAGUGAAGAGACACUCAAGAAUGAGAUUCUCUACCUUUGUCGCCAACAUGACGGCAAUGGAACUGGAUACUCCUGGUCUGCGGAUCCAAUUGCCAACAGAGUCAACUGUCACCCCAGUAUUCGACACCCUGCGCCUGUUCGCUUGCGCCCUCAGCUUCGAGUAAAUACAGAUCCUGGUUCUACCUAUGGCGAGAUUGUUUCUGGAACAACCAUCUCCCCGGAAGACACUAUGACCCGCAUCUCACCCGGAUCACACAGCCUUGCUAGCGAAUUCUACCCUAUCUCGCGCACCUCUACCAUCAUGACUUCGCAAACAGGAAAUGAGCUACGCGCCCUACUAUCUGACACGCCCGUUCCUAAGGUCCCAAUGAUUCCCCAAAAGUAUACUGGCCACAAGAGACAAAAGUCGUCACUGUCAUCUCUCAGGCGGUUCCUCCCAAAAUCAUUCCCAUUGUCGCUGCCUUUAUCAUCGGACCCUCAAAUCCGGGCCCUCGCAGACCCCAAUUCUGCCUCAGAUGUCGAAAAGCAGGUCGUGACACCAAACAGCAUGCCCAAGAAUGCAUCUCAUCCCACAACUCUUCAGGUCAACGGAUCAAACAGCCAAGACGUCUCCCCAAUCUCCCCAGCACAGGAACCAAGCCCCAAGAUCCAAAAGAAAGACCACCCAGAAGGCCAUACCCGAACAAUGACAAUGAACUCCGCCGACGCCCCAGAGGUCGUCCCAUCAGCCCCGACAACACCGCCAAAAGUGCGCCGCUCGCAAACAGCAUGCCCAAUUCCAGCGUCACGAACUAUCCACCACCCUCAAUAUCAUCAACCCUUUCUACCAGGCCAACAAAGCCGCAAAUACCCCCAAUCCAGACGAGCCUCAGGGACCCCGAUGCAAAUGCCCAUGAAAAUGCACAUGUCCCAACAUGGCCAACCCCCGAUGCGCCGCAGCACCACCGCCCAACCAACAGGCCUGCACUACCCAUCCCGCAGCCCAUCCUAUCACUUCGACCCAUCCCAAGUGCCCCGCCACUCCAACUCCCAAUCCCAAUACCACCCCAACCAAAAUCUUCAACAAUACAUUAUGCCUCAAUCCACCCGCUGGAACAGCCAGCGCCGCUUCGACCCAUCCCGCUCUAUGCCUCCGACUCCCCGCCGCAAUGAUGUCGAGAUCAUUUACCCGAGUACCCGUCGUCCGCGCAGUAAUACGCAUGGCGGUGCAAGUGGUCCGCUCAGUUGUAUUAUGGAGACUGUUUCGAAUCCGCGGGCUUCGGUUGAUGAGGUUCAGGCUGGGAGGGUUUCUUUGGGGGGUGAUGGUGGUGGAUUGGAUCAGACUACGUAUCGAGGGGCGAAUCGGACUAGUAUUAGUUUUCACUGA